CUUGGUGCGAUCACUCUGCCUCUCUGCUCUUCUCAUCCCCUGUGCGUUUCUCCAAAACAUGGCGGCCCUCAAAGCUUUGUGCAGAGCGGAGACUUUAUUCUUCAGAAACCUAUCUGGCCCCCGCAGAACAAAAUUAAACUUCACUCACCACACAUUGAGCAAGACCUGUGGGAUUUACUUUUCCACCUCCAACCAGAGAAGUUCACAGUUCUACUCAAAUCCUACAGAGGCAGUGAAAGACAUCCCCAGUGGAGCUACCAUACUGGUAGGAGGCUUUGGAUUGUGUGGUAUCCCAGAGAAUCUUAUCAACAGUUUACUGAAGUCCGGAGUGAAGGGCCUUACAGCUGUUAGCAACAAUGCAGGAGUGGAUAACUUUGGCCUGGGCCUGCUCCUUCAGACCAAGCAGAUCAAGAGGAUGAUCUCUUCAUAUGUCGGGGAGAAUGCAGAGUUUGAGCGACAGUAUCUGUCAGGGGAGUUGGAGGUGGAACUGACACCACAGGGUACUCUAGCAGAAAGGAUCAGGGCUGGUGGUGCUGGGAUUCCAGCCUUCUUUACAGCCACAGGCUAUGGCACACUGAUCCAAGAGGGAGGCUCUCCUAUCAAAUACAACAAAGACGGCAGCAUUGCCAUCGCCAGCGAGAAGAGACAGGUGCAGGAGUUCAAUGGCAGGCACUACAUCAUGGAAAAGGCCAUUACUGGAGACUAUGCACUGAUCAAAGCGUGGAAAGCUGACAAGGCUGGAAAUAUUAUUUUCAGGAAAACAGCCAGAAACUUCAACCAGCCCAUGUGCAAGGCAGCCAAAACCACCAUAGUUGAGGUGGAGGAGGUGGUGGAUGUUGGGACUUUUGCUGAAGAGGACAUCCACAUACCGAGCAUCUAUGUCCAUAGGAUUGUCCAGGGGUCCAGCUUUGAAAAAAGGAUUGAGAAACGCACAGUAAAGAAAAGCCAAGAGGAGAAGCCUAGACCAAAGAAGGACUCCGAUAUUGUUCGGGAAAGGAUCAUUCGACGUGCUGCUCUGGAGUUUCAGGAUGGGAUGUAUGCUAACCUUGGUAUUGGUAUCCCCAUGCUGGCCAGCAACUUUAUAAAACCAGACAUCACUGUACACCUCCAAAGUGAGAAUGGAAUUUUGGGACUGGGCCCUUACCCCACAGAGGAUGCAGUGGAUGCAGACCUGAUUAAUGCUGGGAAGGAGACUGUCACUGUGCUCCCUGGGGCUGCCUAUUUCUCCAGCGAUGAGUCAUUUGCCAUGAUCAGAGGGGGCCAUAUCAACCUGACAAUGUUGGGAGCCAUGCAGGUGUCAAAACACGGAGACUUAGCCAACUGGAUGAUCCCAGGUAAGAUGGUGAAGGGAAUGGGAGGAGCCAUGGAUUUGGUGGCUAGCGCUGGAACCAAGGUGGUGGUCACCAUGGAGCACUCAGCUAAGGGUGGAAAACACAAAAUAUUGAACAAAUGUAGCCUGCCUUUGACAGGAAAGCAGUGUGUGGACCGGAUCAUCACAGAAAAGGCGGUGUUUGAUGUGGAUAAGACUAAAGGCCUGACUCUGAUAGAAGUUUGGGAGGGAGUCACUCCUGAGGAUAUCAAGGCAUGCACUGGCACAGAUUUUGAGGUGUCACCCAACCUGAGAGCCAUGCAGCAAAUCUAGAAAGGCAUGUAAUGGAUAUAAGAAGUGUCUGUCUUUUUCUUUUUUGUGUGUGUCAUUUCGUAUGUCUGAUAAGCAGCCUUUAAUGUAGUAGCAUGAGACCGGUAAAAUAAGCUUACAAAACAUAAAUGUUCAGGUUCAGCAAGCAGUCAGAAGGAUUCAGUCAUCACUAAUAUUAACUGAAUGCAAUUUACAACAUGCAUGGUUAUUUUUUGUGAUCUGAUCUGACAAACAAUCAGGGAACAUCACACUGUUGCCUAUUACACCACUAAGUCAUUGAUUUUAUCUUCCCUGUAGCUACUGCCAAAUAAUUCUUCAGAAAAUAACAUUAAGGAUGAUUCUCUAUGUUCUCUAUAAUAAUUGCAACUCUAUAAUAAAUGCAACUUUAUUAGUAUUACGAACAUAAAUGAUACAAAAACAAGAAAUACUGUGUCUUCCGAAUCAUAGUUACUGUAAGGUCAAGUUAUUGUACUAAGGUAAAGGAAGUU